AAAUUUUAAGAACAUUCGCAUAUUAGAAUUAUUUUAGAAAAUCAUUAGUAUUUAAUUAUAAUUUUUUUUAAAUCUAACUAUAAAUUUUAUAAUAAAAUAUUAUUUUCAGAUAACAACAUAAUAUAUCUAAGAAUUAUCUUAUGUUUUAAAACAUGUUUUUACUUUUUAAUCAGAUAGAUUUGAAAUUUGUUUUUAUUUUUUGAUUAAUUUAGAUAAUUUAUUAAUUAAGGGUAUAAAUGAUAUUAACCGCUCUAACUUUUAACGUGAGAGUUCUGUUGGAAAAAUUUACUUCGCAAAUAAUAGUAUAGAUUAAUUGACGAAAAAAACGCUUUCUCUGAUGGCGAUGGCGAUGACGAACCAGUUCUAGGGUUCUGAUGGUGUUUCGAAAUUGGGAUCCGGGAAAUCGAUGGGAAGGAGGAGAUUUCGAUUGGGUUAUCAGCAAAGGAAAGAUUGGAUUCUCAGGAUACGGGACUUCUGAGAGGGAUGGUGAUCGCAGUUACUUUGGGGAAAUAAGAUUUAGAGAAUCGCAGGCAAAGGAUCGAGAUGGAGUGGAUAGGAUCUCGAUUGCGAUUCUCUUUAUGCGGAGAUCGUGUGAUUUCCCAGAGUCAACUUUUGGGAUCCGGUGGGGACAGCAAGGAGGGUGAGGGGGCUCGGAAAAGGUUGAAGAUCUCGGUGCCGCACUUUGACAAUUCGGCUCUUGUCAAGACCUACUCAAAAAGUCUAAUUGGAAGAUGCAUGAAUCCACCAGAGCAGGAUAUGCAGGCACUGAUACAGAACAUUCCAAAAAUCUGGAAGCUGGAGGAUCGGAUCGUGGGGACGGACUUGGGGUUUGGCAAAUUCCAGUUCGAUUUUCAGACGGAGGAACAGAUUGAAGGGGUUCUGAAGCUACAACCUUAUCACUUUGAUUACUGGAUGUUGGCUCUUGCAAGAUGGCAACCGAGGAAGUCACAGCUGUUCCCGGCGGAGAUUCCGUUUUGGGUGCGCGUUCUAGGAGUUCCCAUGGAAUUUAGGACACGUCCCACUUUGGAAAGCAUUGGUGAUUCUCUUGGAAAAACGGUCUCCGUAGAUCUCGAGCAAUUACGUGUUCAGGUGGUGGUGGAUGCUUUUCAACAGCUCUGUUUUGAGACUACUGUGGAUUUCAAGGGGGGAGAAUAUUAUGAGGCGGAGGAAACUCUGAUUUCUCUAAGAUAUGAAAAGCUAUUUGGAUAUUGCCCUAUCUGUGCUAGCUUGUGUCAUACAGAAGCUAAUUGUCCUCUUGCCAAGCCAGAGGUGAAGAUGAGUCCAGAGAAGAGGAGGGAAACAAGAGAAGGUAAUGGGGGGGGGGGGGGGGGUGGCAUGAAGGAGGGAAGCAUGAGGAUAAGGCUCGGAGUUAUAAAGGGGUUGUUAUUAAUGGGAACACGGGCUAUCAGCAGAAGGAGAGAGAUGGUCGGGACUAUUAUGGAAAAGGAAAAGGUAAAAUGAUUGAGGAGAAUGAUUCUAAAUGGGUGCGGGUGGCUGAGAAAGGGAAUAAAGGAUCGUCUAACAACCGUGGCAACUAUAGGGGAAAUGGUGAGGCUUAUAGGCAGCGAGUGCCACGCAGAGAGGACUCAAGAGUGAUAGCUCAGGAGGGACGUUCUAGGGGUGUUUCAGGACCGGUUGGAGAUCAACAACUGCUGCGAGGAACGCACACAGAGGUUCAGGAGAGAAAGGUUGUAGAGGCUCAGGAGGAGGGAGAAAUAAAGGCUGUGGAGGUCUCCAAUCAACAACUACCUUCACAAACUUUUCAAGAAGAGCUUGCAAAGACGCAAGCGACCGGAACAAAGGUCAUAUCGGACGCAAUGGAUGCGGAAAGAGGGAUACAAGUGAUUCAGGGCCUGGUAGGGAAUAAGCCUGCUAUCAAUGAGGAUAAGAUUAUGGAGAUGGAUGAGAUAAGGGAGGUUUUUCUUGCAAAUGGGAUCGACAUGGAUGCCGUAGAUGAUCUACAAGAGUGCUCUGAAAGAGAGAUGGAGGAAGCAAUGCGAGAGCUGGACAGGGCAGGUGAAGAAGAUUUUCAAGAGGACGAGGCACUGGUUCUUGCUGAGGAUGAUAAGGUGAUGGCUGAAGAUGAACUGGAAAAGAAACAUGGAAUACGUAAAAGGCUUUUAAAACCAGUGGAGGGGACUGCGGUCAGUACUAAGAUGAGGAUUGCUAAUGCAUUGGCUUCCCCACGCAAGCGCACUGGAGCUAAAACAGGAACACGCCAGGGGGAGAUCAACAAGCAACUGGAUACUAAGGGCACGUCAAACCCGAAGCCGGGACUACCAAGACCAUAAUUUUAUGUUUCAAAACGGCAGAUUGGGAUGGAGCAAGCAGGGCUUGGUUCUUGAUAUUAGCAUUUGGAAUUCAAAAAUAAGCUUUAUGAGCAUUUUUCUUUUAUUAAUAAUAGUUAAGGAUUAUGAGAUUGCAAUGGUUUUUUCACUUUUAUGUUGUUUGGUUAAGCAAUGGAAUACGAGUUUGUUGCGGGAUAUGUGGUAUUUAUUUAUUACUUUUGAUUCUUUUGGAACAUAUGGGUCUUAUAGAGGAAAAUAUGGGUCUCAGUGUGCUGGAGAGAAAUGGUUUUUCAGGUGUAUGGGGGCUUUAGUUGGCUCAAUAGGCAAAAGAAAGGUAGUCUUUCCGUGUUUUUGGAUCCAUGGUUGGUUGGGAGUAUUUAGUUUUUAUUGUCAGAAUGGAAAUGGUAGAGACGUGUGCACCUUAGCAGGUAUAGGGCACGAUAGGGUUGUUGUAUUAAUGCUAUGGCCUGUGGUAAAUGUCUGGGUUUUGUAUGUCAAUAUCUGUUGGUGUUGUUUUCGGGUGUGGCAGGAACGAGAGAGAAUUGGGCAGAUGUGCUGGUGGCUUUUAGGGUUAUGGUGCAGUGUGGGGUUUCAUUUACAAAUUGGGUUUCAGUUGGUGAAGCUUCAGGCGAUCAUUGAGUAUGAGAGGCCUCAAACCUUCGGUUUUUUGGGUUACAUUAUGGUAUGAAAAAUAGUGAAAAUGUGGAUAUGGUUACUGUAUAAUUUAGGCUUUUUGGCUAACAUCUCAAGCGGAGAGUAUAAGGAUUUGGGGAACACAAUAAGGUGCAAUGGCAUAAUUGAGGCGGUUGGUUUAUAUUAUUUCGAGAUCUUUAUAUUUUUUACUUAUCACAGAUUAUUCCAGGGCGGGUUAAAGGUAUUUUGUGAGGAAGUUUACCUUUGUUAUUAUGGUUCUUGGUGCUUUUGGGUUUUAAUGGUAUGCUGUCUGAAAAUAGUUGUAAUUACGAUGGUAAUAAUAAGAAUGAUGAGAAGGUCAUGUUGGCUCUCAUAUAGCACACCAUUAUGGAGUUUUAGAUUUCACGACUUUUAUGCAGCGGAUGAAAUGAAUAGGCGGGAGUGGCUAAUCAAGAUAGUUAAUGUUUUGAAUUAUGGUUUCACAAAAUGGAGAAGGGAUGGGGUAGUAGGUAUUUCGUGGUUAUCUUCAAGACCAAGUCUUUCAGGCUCCAAGGAGCAUUCCAUUAUUUUUUAUAUAUGAAUAUAUUAAGCUGGAAUUGUAGAGGACUGGGGAGUCAUUGGACCAUCAGUUACCUUCGAGAAAUAUGGCAUAAACAUAAACCGGGAUUCCUUUUUUUAUCUGAAACAAAACAAGAUGCUGAGUUUGUACAAGGGGUUCAAUCCCAUUUUGGUUAUGAUAGUUUGGUUACUGUGGACCCAUCUGGGAGAAGUGGAGGUUUGGCACUUUUUUACAAUAAUGAGUACCAGGUUAAGAUUCUAUAUUCUAGCAAUAGGAUGAUAGAUAUAGAGGCGGUGGCAAAUGGGAAACAAGUUUUUCUUACUUUUGUCUAUGGCGAUCCGAUCCCAAAAAUGAGGGAUCAGGUUUGGGAGAGACUGACGCGAUAUGGAAUAUCACGAUCGGAUCCUUGGUUCAUCAUAGGAGAUUUAAAUGAAAUUACUGGAAAUCAUGAAAAGGACGGAGGGGCUGUGAGAUGCCCAACUUCUUUUAUAUCUUUUAAUAAUAUGAUAAGAAAUAGUGGAUUAUUGGAAUUUCCAGCUCGUGGUAAUACUUUUUCCUGGCAAGGGAGAAGAGGUAAAGGAAAAGGUGCAGUGACGGUUAGAUGUCGUUUGGAUCGGGCGUUAGCGAAUGAGGAAUGGCAUACGAUUUUUCCAUAUUCAUACACAGAAUAUUUGAGGAUGGUGGGGUCAGAUCACCGACCAGUUCUGGCUGUCUUGGAUGAUAAAAUUAACAGAAGAAAAAGGGGACAAUUUAGGUUCGAUAAGAGAUGGAUUGGUCAAGAGGGGCUGAUGGAAUCAAUUACAUCAGGGUGGACAGGGAAUCAUGAAGGCCAUGUAGAGGAUUUUUUCACAAAGAUUAGUAAUUGCCACCACGAAAUAUCUUCUUGGCGGAAGGAUAAUCCACCAUAUGGAAAGGAUAAAAUUAAAGAUCUACAACAAGUGCUGGAAGAAGUACAGACAGAUAAUGAUAGAUCACAAGAGGAGAUCCUUGAGGUUUCUAGGAAAUUACAAGAGGCUUACAAGGAUGAAGAGGAAUAUUGGCAUCAAAAAAGUAGAAAUAUGUGGUAUUCAUCAGGGGACCUUAAUACUAAAUUUUAUCAUGCGUUGACAAAGCAACGCCGGAUCCGUAAUAAAAUUGUGGGCCUUCAUGAUGAAUUGGGUAAUUGGAUUACGGGUGACAAUGGAGUUGAAAAGGUGGCGGUAGAAUAUUUUGAGGGUUUGUUUGCUACUACUAAUCCGACGGAGUUUGAUAGUUUCUUGGAUGAGAUUGUACCAUCCAUCUCUCCACAGAUGAAUCAAACAUUAAUGCGUGCAGCAACAGAGGAAGAGGUUCGGCAGGGUUUAUUCAUGAUGCAUCCAGAAAAGGCGCCAGGACCGGAUGGGAUGACAGUCCUUUUUUCCAGCAUUCUUGGCAUAUUAUUAAGAAGGAUGUGGUCGAGUUGGUAAAUAAUUUCUUGGUUACAGGUGUUUUGGAUCCAAGGUUAAAUAUAACCAAUAUUUGUAUGAUCCCAAAGACGGAAAGGCCUACAAGAAUGACGGAAUUAAGGCCGAUAAGUUUAUGUAAUGUUGGUUAUAAAAUCAUCUCGAAAGUUUUGUGUCAACGGUUGAAAAUUUGCCUCCCACGGUUAAUAUCGGAAACCCAAUCGGCUUUCGUGGCAGGAAGAUUAAUUUCGGAUAAUAUUCUUAUUGCCCAGGAAAUGUUUCAUGGAUUAAGAACUAAUAAAUCUUGUCAAAACAAGUUUAUGACGAUAAAAACGGAUAUGAGCAAGGCAUAUGAUCGGAUUGAAUGGAAUUUUAUUGAGGCUCUUCUUCACAGGAUGGGUUUUGACCCUCGUUGGAUUAAAUUAAUGAGAGAAUGUAUAUCUUCGGUUCAGUACAGGGUUUUCUUAAUGGGCAGCCACGGGGUUUAAUAAUUCCCCAACGAGGGCUACGUCAGGGGGAUCCCUUAUCUUCUUAUCUGUUCAUUAUGUGUACAGAGGCAUUAAUUGCUAACAUAAAGAAGGCAGAACGUCUGAAACAGUUAACGGGUCUAAAGGUAGCGAGAGCUUGCCCAGUAGUUUCCCACUUAUUGUUUGCAGAUGAUAGUCUUUUUUUUUGUAAGGCGAAAAAGGAAGAAUGUCAGACUAUUCUUAGGAUUUUGAAGGAAUAUGAAAUGGUUUCAGGGCAACAAAUAAAUUUUCAGAAAUCCUCAAUUCAAUUUGGACAUAAGAUUGAAGAUUCUUGUCGUCAAGAACUGAGAGAUAUUCUGGGAAUUCAGAACAUAGGAGGAAUGGGAUCUUAUUUAGGGUUACCGGAGUGUCUUGGAGGUUCUAAGGUACAAGUGUUUGGGUUUGUACAAGAAAGACUGAACAAUAGAGUUAAUGGAUGGACCUUUCGAUUUUUUACAAAAGGAGGAAAAGAGGUGAUUACGGCUUUACCCAAUCAUGUGAUGUCUGUCUAUCGAUUACCAAAGGCUACAAUGAAGAAGCUCACUAGUGCUGUAGCCCAGUUCUGGUGGAGCCCAGGGGGAGGCACAAAAGGGAUGCAUUGGAAAUCAUGGGAUAAACUAUGUGUCCCUAAAGAUGAUGGUGGUCUUGGGUUUAAGGAUCUUACGGACUUUAAUACGGCGAUGCUUGGUAAGCAAUUGUGGCGGCUGAUAGAGAAACCGUAUACCCUUUUUUCUCGAGUUUUCAAAGGACGGUACUACAGGAAUGUUUCACCCUUGGAACCGAUUCGCUCUUACUCUCCGUCAUAUGGCUGGAGGAGUAUUAUUUCUGCUAGAUCUCUGGUUUGUAAAGGACUAAUUAAACGGGUGGGGACAGGAUCAUCCAUAUCUGUAUGGAAUGAUCCCUGGAUCCCAUCCACUCGCCCAAGACCAGCAAAUAAAAAUUUUAAUCACAGUUACCCGGAUCUCACAGUGGAUUCCCUUAUUCAUUCGGAAUCCCGCACAUGGAAUCUAUAGGCAAUAAGGAAUUUGGUUGAUCCUGAGGAUAUUAAAAUCAUUACAAGUAUUCCUUUGAGUAAAAAUCAGAUGGAAGAUAGGAAUGGAUGGCAUUUCACUAACAAUGGAAAAUACACGGUACAAUCUGGGUACCAAGUAGAACGUGUCUAUUCAGAUAAGGAAAAACCACCGAAAUUUUAUGGACCCACAGUGGAUGCCCUUAAAGCAUACUGCUUGAAAUUGCAGUGUCCUCUAAAGAUAAGGUAUUUCUUAUGGCAGUUGCUUUCAGGUUGUAUAGCGGUCAUGAAGAACCUAAAUGCGAGAGGAAUACAAGGAGACAUAUAUUGUUCCCGUUGUGGAGACCAGGAGGAAUCGAUUAACCAUGUAUUUUUUGAUUGUCUGCCAGCACGACAAGUGUGGGCAUUAUCUAAGAUACCAUCGAAUCCGAAUAUUUUUCCUACAGAUUCUUUCUUUACUAAUAUGGACCAUCUCUUUUGGAGAGUUAAUCCAAAGAUGGAUGAUCAUCAGUUUGCAUGGAUCUUAUGGUAUAUUUGGAAAGGUUGGAAUAAUAAGGUUUUUAGCAAUAUUGAUAUUGAUCCGAGGGAUACUCUCAAAAUAGCCGAACUGGAAUCAACACUUUGGGCUGAGGCUCAGGUUAUAAGGGAUCAGCCAGUGGCACCGGAUGUACAUAUUAGUUCCAUUCAAACGAAUUCAGGAAGAUGGUGCUUUAUAGACGGCUCGUGGAAAGAUAAGGAUUUGUUCUCAGGGCAAGGCUGGUAUAGUACUUUACCAGGCUUUGAUGGUUUGUUAGGCGCACGAAAUGUCCGUGCAUGUUUAUCACCUCUCCAUUCGGAAAUGGAGGCAUUGAUAUGGGCAAUGGAAUGCAUGAAGAUUUUAAGACAGGUUCAGGUUACGUUUGCAACG